AUGGAAGGGGAUGGGAGUAUAAGUCCGGGAGUGACGGCGGCGCCUCCAGCAGUUGCGGAGGUCGGGGAAGGCUUUCAUCCGUCGGUCUUGACCAGGCCGGAGAGCCUCGGUCAUAGCGGCGGGGUGACGACGUCUGUGACGGCGGCUGUCUCCGCCGCUGCGCUGGCUGACGCCGCCGGCUCGGCUCCAGCUCCCACCGCUUCCGCGGCCAUUGCUGCCACUGGUGUUGCGCCGGCGGUGACUGCCGGCGCCGCCCCUGCUACCGUGUCGGCGGCCGCCGCUGCCGUGGUGUCGCCGCCGGGGUCUGCCACAUCCGUCGGAACGGCAGCGGCGACGGGCACUCCGAUAUUGAAGAAGAAGAGGGGGAGGCCGCGGAAGUACGGCCCGGGAGGAACCCUGUUGAUGCCUCUGAGCCCCAUGCCGAUCUCCGCCUCGGUGCCCGCCGGCGACAUUCCCGUGGCGGCGGCGGCGGCGAUGAUGAUGAAACGGGGUAGAGGGCGGCCAGGCGGUUCGGUAAACCAACAUCAGCGCGGGGUCGAGAUGAUUUCUUUCGGUAAUUCUACGAUCUACGGCACAUUCUCUUUCCCGUUCCCAGUUCACGUUUUUCUCUUCGAUUCCUUCAUUCUUGCCUGACGAAUAGCAUAAAAUUAUGGUCAGCAUGCGUCUGCGCUCCUUCUAACUGUAUUAUAUUUAUUUCGCUACCCUCGGUCUGGUUAUUUAUUUUUUGCGGGUUUCAUAUCCUCAUCACCGAAUCAUUAGAAGUAAAUGGAUUACAUUUACUCUUAGCCUAGGAUAAAUGAACAAAUAGACGCAGCAGCUUCACCCAGCAAAUCCGUUGCAUUAUAGAAGUGUUUUUUUUUUUAAAUUGCUUUUUAGAGUUAACUUGUACGUUUCUUGAUCCCUUCAAAGUUUUCUUUCCAGGCGAAUCAGUUGCAUACUCUGGUGGGGCUAAUUUCACGCCGCAUAUAAUUACUGUCGCAGCCGGUGAGGUAUGUCUUACCAACGUUGAAAAUCUAAGAAUCCGGUCGUAGAAAAUUGCUAUGUCUCAAGUUAUCGCAUUGAUCCUUCUCCCUGUUCUCAUUUGGAUAAUUCUUCCUCAACGUACUUCAUUAAGGAUGUGUGUUUUUGAAUCCAUGGAAGUAUUAACGGGAGUCAAAUCAGAAGGCCAUCUGAUGGCCCUCACUAUGCCACUUUCCUGUAGUGUUUAGGUGCAGUAUCCCUUCUCUUGCGCGGAGGGCUACUGUGUGUCUGAUUUUAGCAACGGGUGGCAUCUGCAGACACGUUGGAGGCAAUCCUUCCAUUGGAUGUGACCUUUUGGGAGAGGAUGGUUAGAAGGGCCCCUUUGACUUGGUUGAAUGAGAGACGCGCAUACAAUUUCAGAGAAAGAUCUGGGCUUCCUGCCUUAGCUCCCUCUCCACAAGAUUCAAGGCUGAUGCCCGUUUUUAUCAGUAAUUUCCCAUAUCUCAAGCGAAAACAUUCGUCUCCAUGGGGGGAUUCCAGACCGUGCCUAUGUCUACCUUACAGAAUUUGAAAUAUUUUAUUGUUGUUUUACGUGCUAUUUUUGAUGGCUAUUUGACGUUUCUCAAAGAAACCUAAGAGUGAGAUUGAGAACACCCGUGAGUCUUUUAUGAUGAUACACUGGAGUUGGAAUCAUGCAUGUAGGCGUAGGGAUUCGACUAAAUACUCGAGUGCUAGUGGGGAUCAAUGGUUAGAUAUCUUCACUCCGGGUCUAUGAUUGAGUCAUCAAGGACAGAUUGAAGGAUAUUCUACAAUGUUUUUGGGUUUUAUCGCUUAAAUGGUCUUGCUAUGGUGUGCUCAUUUACGAUUAAGUGGGGGGGAGGGGUUUCUAAGGAUGAUGAGGAUUUGAGUGAAUAUUUGGGUAAAUGUCGGGAUCAAAGUGUGGAUGUUCUCAAAUGAAACUUGGAGAAGAGGUCAUACGCAUUGUAGUUGUGUAUUCUUAAUGUAAUCAGGCAUAGCGUAAAACCGCUCGGAUGAAGCAGAGUCCUGAUCUGAACAAAAAUAUGAAUCCUGAUUGAAAUAUUAGUUAUAUAUUUACAAGUUUGUGGGACCUCUGAUUAUUUUCUCCAGUUAGAAGUGGACUCGGGAGAGAUCAGAUAGCAGCAGGUCCUUUGUGUUAAGUAAUAAUUAUUUUUUCCAUGAUUCUGUUGAUUGUCAAGUAAAAAUUGAAUCGUGCGCUAUUUGAAUUUUUAUUCUUUCCCACUUACGUAGUCACUGCAUCCUCUCAUUUACAUCUGGAUUUUUUGUAGGAUGUCACAAUGAAGGUCAUAUCAUUUUCUCAGCAAGGGCCUCGAGCCAUCUGCAUUCUCUCUGCGAAUGGCAUAAUCUCAAAUGUUACACUGAGGCAACCUGAUUCAUCUGGCGGCACGUUGACAUACGAGGUAUGAUCAAUAUUUUACGGAUUUUUCUGUACUCAAUUCUAUCAAUUGCAAAUGAUGCCGUGCUCUGAAUUAUUAAUAACCAUUUUUUAGUGAAGUAAAUAUAUCUUUGAUCAAUUAAUCUGUUUUUCUUCAUAUUCUUCAUAUUCUUCAUUGAGCUUCACGUCGAAUGCUUGUGUUCUUCCUGUGACAGGCACGUGAGUUUAUUAUUUUGAUUUUCGAGGCCUCCAAUCAUGAUGUUCUGUUUUCUUAUCCUUUUCCCUUCUUAUUUUCUUUAUUUAAUAAUGAACUGUUCCUCAGAUUCAGGGAUCUCAUUGCAUUUGCUUAGGAAGUUUUUGAUUCGUGUGCCACUCAUCACUUGCUGCUGGCCAUUAUUUUAACACAUGAAGAUUCAUUUGUUGGUUUUACGAAUCUCAUUUAAUAAGGAUUUUUUUAAAUUGACACACAGCGUAUUGAUGCUCGUUAGUUUUAUCAGAGGAGUUUUCUUUUUCCACUUUGCUUUCUAUGUGCUAAAUUUCUUCCCUCCCGUUAUGUAUGUGAAUACGAAACAAAAUGAACUGUUCAUGAUACGAAACACCAUUUGAUAAGAUUUUGCAUAAUCCUCUUUUUUGAAACGGUGAAAAUGGGGUAAGUUCCUGUUCUCUUAAGGAACAUGUGAGUUGACUGGUUUGAGAUGUAAUCUGCCAAUCACCAUACCUCGUAUGGCAUCAGUCUCAGCAAGUUAGGAGAUUAAUUGACGUUCAUAUCAAGGAAGAAUAAUCAGGCAUCAAUGCUUUCCCUGUAAAAUAGUUUAACUUACUAAAUCUACCAGUCCUACGUUUUGUGUUGGAUCGCUUGAUGCAGAGAAGGGAAGAGAUAAUGGUGUGGGUGGGUGACCAUAACCUAGAGUUAGUAAGAACAUUGCACAGGGAAUGCAUUAUACCCGAUUAACCUGCAGAUAUUGGUUUUUUAUUUUUUAUUUUUAGAUUUGUUCUUCUGCUUCAUGACAUUUGGCCCUUCGCUGUGAGGCUCUUCCCAGUCCCUCCAAUUUUUGACCUAAAUUGUUACUCUCUUCUGGCAGGGUCGGUUUGAAUUGCUUUCCUUGUCUGGGUCAUUCAUGCCGACGGAGAGCGGAGGACCAAGGAGCCGGUCUGGUGGGAUGAGUGUCUCUCUGGCAAGCCCCGAUGGCCGUGUUGUCGGUGGAGGAGUUGCAGGUCUGCUGGUGGCUGCCAGCCCCGUUCAGGUUUUGUCAGCUCCCACCACCAUCUCUUCCAAAGGACUCAUUUUUCCCUGCAGAUGAUUUCAUCGUUUUAUAUGGCAGAGAAAACACGGAUUCAUUAAUUUUAAAAUAAAAUUAUAAUUCAUCAGAAAAUUGCAUUUUUUCUUGGUGUUCUAGAGAGAUCGAUCCCCCGUUUUGUGAUAAUCCAAUCUGGGUUUGGACAGGUGGUGGUGGGCAGCUUCACGCUGGGCUACCAGAUGGAGCAGAAGACCAAGAAGCUCAGGGUGGAGCCAGCCAAGGUCUCCCCUGCCCUGCCGCCUGUGCAGCCCGCCGGCGGCGGGGGAGACGUGGAGGAGACGACGUACGCCGCCGGGCAAGUCUUCACUGCAAAGGCCGCCGCCACCGCCGCCGCCCUCCAGGGGGAGAGCUGGAUCCCAUCCCCCCACUCUGUCUCGGAGCCCCCCGGUGGCGCCGCCCUCACAGACAUGAACAUGUCCUCGUCCGAAAGGUGA